AUGGCCACCGGGGUAGAUGCGCGACUCUUGAAGUCGACCAGAUUCCCCCCCGAGUUUAGUCAGAAGGUUGACAUGCAAAAGGUCAAUUUGCAAGUCAUGAAGAAAUGGAUCGCCAGCAAAAUUUCCGAUAUCCUAGGAAGCGAAGAUGACGUGGUGAUCGAACUUGUCUUCAAUCUCAUCGAAGGACCGCGAUACCCGGAUAUCAAGUCACUGCAAAUACAACUCACAGGGUUUCUUGACAAGGAUACGGCUGUGUUCUGCAAAGACCUGUGGAAGUUAUUGCUGAGUGCCCAAAGUAGUCCCCAAGGCGUCCCCAAGGAGCUCCUUGAGGCCAAGAAGCUGGAGCUCAUCCAAGAGAAGAUCGAGGCAGACCGCGCUGCAGAAACCGCUAAACAGAGACGAGACGACUGGGAUCGCCGAGACCGUGAAGUAGCCGAUCUGAAAGACCGCGACCGCCGCGACCGGGCUGCUGCUCGUGGAGAUACCUGGCAAGGGCGCCGAGGCGACCAGGGGGCUUCAGGAGGGGAGGUCGCCGGUCAAGAUCGCCCGGCCCUCACAUCCGUGAUACCAGGGACUCAUAUGGACGCGAUAGUUACAUUCCACGAGGAAGACGUGGUAGUGGACGCGCCGACCAAGGCCGACGAAAAUCGCCCCCUCGAUCACGUUCGGCAUCGGCAUCGCCCAGGCCGAGCUCAAGAAGUCGCAGUGCCUCCCGAAGCACUGAUCAAUCGAAUCAAACGACAAAGACCUGUCUCUCACGGGGAACAAGCUGACACACGCAAGAGGUCGCGGUCACCUAGAGGAGAUACAUAUCGGGGCCGGGCAAACAAACGUACCGAGAGAGGCCGGCCAGGUCGUCCAUCUCGAUCUCUGUCUUCGGAGCGAAAUUCUCCUGCACCAAAGCGCAGACGUUACUCUCCAUCAAGGAGCCGCUCUGUAACUCGUCGAAGACGACCGGCUAGAGACAUUUCCUCAUCGAGAUCUGAACGGACAUCAGACUCCCGUAGUCGAAGUCGAAGCCACAGUUAUAGUCGCAGUCGAAGCCGUUCCAGCAGCGCGUCACCGGAUCGCAGGACCAAAAGACGACCGAAUCAUGGACGUGGUCAGCAGCCCUCUAGGCAGAGAGAUUCGCCUAAGGGUAGACGGCGAAAUAGUUCUUCGGCUUCUUCGCGAUCAAGGAUUCGAGAAAAUUCAGCUGAUGUUUCUGAAGAUGGAUCUCGUGCCCUGCCGACCAAACCCGAGGCAGAGGUUCCGGCCGAAUGA